AUGACGUCCGUGCCUCAAUUUGGAGGGUGGGACCAAAAGGCUCCCGGAGCUACUGACUAUUCAAUGGUGUUCACCCAAGCUCGUGUAAACAAAAAACAUCAGAAGACCGACCUAACUGAAAUCAAGCAUAACAGCCUUGGAAAUGAACGGGACUUCGUCAAUGCCAAGCAUGCUCAUCAUGCUCACGGUCAUCACGGUCAUCACGGUCACGGUCAUGCCCAUGCCCAUGUUGAUGCUCAUGCUCAUGAAGAUCCUGUAGUCGUGGGGAAAAAGAGGAUUCUGACCUACAUAAAUUGCUGCAUUAGGCCUUAA